AUGAACCAGAUUCAGUCAGAUAUACACGUCGAGGGUAAAUCUUUCUUUGAUCACUGCUUCGCCAACUUGUCCUCUGAUCAACAGCCAAACUAUUAUCACUCAUCUCCCGCUGUUUCUGGGUUCACUGAUUGCUUCCUCAUCCCCUCGUCAUGCCAGAAUAAGGGACAUCCCUGGCCAGUAACCCAAGUAAUCGGAGUUGAGGAUUCACCCGAUAGCGAUAGCGACUACGACUCCGGUGGUAUCCGACUUUACGAAAACGUCGAGAAGGUCUUUCGACACCAGCCAAUUCGACUUUUUUCUCCAUGGCUUUCUCCUGUGCGGCAACCAGAUGGAGCUUUGGCUCUUCAGCCGAUCGGGGCUCUACUGAUCUGGGCUUUUUCCCAAUACAUUGGCAGCAAUAUCUUCACCAACUACACCAGAAGGAAUGAGUAG